ACCCUUAUUGUUUGGAGUUUUGUUGGGAACAAUCCUUUCGCACUUUAGGUUUAGAAUAAAUCAAGUUUGCUGGUUGUGGGCAUUAUCGAGACCUGUUAGGCUUUUAGCUUUAUUCGAAGUGACAAGGCAUUUAAUACUUUCUGGCAUUUAUAGAGGGCGUAAAAGACAAUACAGUUAGAAAGCUUACUAUUUUGAGUUUAAGUUGACCUCAUGUACUAUAGUGUAUGUCCUACAUCAGUAGUAUAGAAAGUAUCCAUUUGAAACACGUGAUAGACUAUAGAAUUCUUGUUUGUAUUAAAUUAUAAAUAUUAUAAUAAUCAAUCUGAGCAGUUAUUCAUAGAUAACUGAAAGGCAUUUGAUUGCAUGCACAUUACAUAUUUAUUCAUAUAAAGUUUAAUCGAAUAAAAUUAAUUAUAGAUAUACAUUACCAUCUUAUAGUAAGUAUCUUCAGGCUUGAUAGGCCUAGUUGUUGUUUUAGCACAUUAUUGUUGUUGCACAUUUAUUUAAUCCGUAUAAAUCUGGUGUGUAGCUUUACCCUGACUCUCUCAUCUUGAGAAACUGACUUCCUGUACCCUUUACUUAAUUUUAGUUAUAAUCUUUAGAAUACAAGCUCUAUUAUCUAUUUCCGGUCACGUUUAUCAAAUCUCGCAUUUCCCGAGAUCAGUAUUCUAUAUUUAGCAUUGACCAGAGCUAGUAUUCUAUAUUGGUGGCAGCCUGGUGGAAUCUUUUUAAAGAUUAUUUAAAAGAACCCUCUUAAUUUUAAUUAAUACAAUUAAAUUGGUUGUGGUGAUUUGCUUGCUUAUUCUUGCUUUAGCGGUGGUAUACACGCUUUUAGUGUAAUUAGCACGUGUGUUGUGAUUAAUUGUGUGAUUAUUUUUACUGCUUAUUGCACAGUUAGUGUGGAUAAUUAGUGAAAAUCACUGUUUUAAAAUGGAUAAAUAUCUUGAUAAUCAUCCAUCCCCGCCAGUAGAGGAAAAAUCUGUUACCCAGGCUCCUCAGCAACAAGGUGAAGCUGAGGAGACUGUAAAUAUUCGGAACUAUAGGGAUGGUGAAGUGGAGUUUGGUGUGGUCCAUGAAGAUGGACAAACUCUGCCAGAAACCCGUCCGCCAGACGAUGCGACUUUACCUUGGCAUCCAGACACUUUUGAAGCUUAUAAUGAAGGUGAAGAGAAUGCUUUGUCAGCGAAAUUUAAACAUAUGAAUAUUAAAUCCGAGGUUAAUGAUGAUGAAGAUACAUUUUUAUUGGACUCUGAUAAUAUGAGGCAGGAUGUUUACUAUAAAACUAUAAAAAGGGGAAAGACAAGGGGCGCUGAGAAUUUCGGAGGGAAUGAUGGGCGUGUUUCCAAAGCGGGAACUUCUGUUAAAUUUGACCUUCCUCCGCCUUUACAGAGGCAGGAACGGGAUGAGAAAUAUAUGACUAACUUACAAGCAGCCAUACAUUUUCAAGAUGAACAUCUGGCUAGAAUGUCAACUCCUGUUCAAAAGUCUUCGAUUCCAAAUUACGAUGAAUUGAAGGGUAUGAAAGUGCACGUUCGUACCCCCAUGCCAUCGCGGGCUCCUACUAAUGUGUCAAAGGGGGCAAUCAACAAAAGCCCUAUUAUGACUCCACAUAUAACUCCUGUGUCAUUAAGUACACGAUUUCAAGGUCAAUUAACUAGGGAAAAUGUAUCUAAACAUGGGGCGUUCAUCAAUAAUCAGGGGGGUGAACUUUCCCAUAGAAGUCAUGUUCCAUAUGACAGCGGAUUUGAUUCUGACAAGGCAUUCGAUAGCUUCGAAAGGGGUUUUGCAGCAGGGGUUAAAUCAAACUCAAGAAAGAAUCCAUUCCCUAUUUAUGAAGAUAAAAC